CUCCAGCACUCUUGAGCAGAAUUUGUCUUUACGAUGGAGUAAGCAUCUUCAGUGGGACGAGGGUUACCCCACAUCCUCUCAUCACGCUCUGUGGCGAUGAACUGCCUGCUCCAGUCAGUGUCUUUGGACCUAUGCUGCUCAACUUCUACACCGACUCCCACAUCACAGGCUUUGGAUUCCAGGCACGAUACAGAGCAAUCGCUUGUGGUGGCACUUUCAGUGGCUCUGUUGGUGUUAUCAGCAGUCCAGCCCAUUCAGUUCUGGAUUACCACAACAACAUGAACUGCUCGUAUUACAUCAGAGUUGGAGAUGGCAAAGUAGUGUCACUCAAAUUCAACAGCUUCUAUCUCGAAUUAUCUCCCUCCUGCUACAAAGAUUAUGUGGCUGUAUACGAUGGCUCAGACACCCAUGCUCCUCUCCUUGGGAAAUUCUGUGGCUCUGAACUGCCUCCAAAUAUUAAGAGCUCCAGUAAUAACUUGUUCCUCGUGUUUAACACUGACUCUUUUGGAGCAGACAGGGGAUGGAAAGCAUCUUUCAGAGAGACCUUAGGACCUCAGAAUGGCUGUGGUGGUUAUUUGACAAAUUCAGCUUAUAGCUUUGCCUCUCCGGUCUCCAAUGUAACUAGAAGAUAUGAGAGAAAUCUGGACUGUGUAUGGAUCAUAACUGUGCCUGUAAACCAAAUUGUCAACCUCACCUUCACGUCAUUUGUGCUUGAAGCGCAGUCUUCUCGGUCUUGCCGAUAUGAUUAUGUCAAACUUUAUGAUGGAGGUAAUGAAAAUGCAAAGCUAGUUGGCAUAUUCUGUGGAUCUGCAGUACCAGCUCCUUUUCUUUCUACUCGUAAUUCCUUGACUGUGAAAUUUGUCACAGACAAUUCUGUGCAGAGAGAGGGUUUCAGUGCAACCUACACCAGUGUGGAUCGACUGUGUGGAGGAAUAUAUAAUGCAACUUCUACACCCCUGACUGCAUCGUCUCCCAACUUCCCAAAUGAAUAUCCACCAUUUACUCUCUGUACUUGGGUCAUUGAUGCCCCUCCGCAACAGCAAGUCAGGGUGGUGGUAGAGGCCUUCCACCUCCAUUCCAGCCAGGAUUGCUCUCAGAACUACCUAGAGCUCCAGGAUUCACCAACAGACAGCCAAGGAUCAGUCCAUAGAUUCUGUGGCACUGAAACUUUUCCAGUCCCUGAAUUUUAUUCUUAUGAUCGCACUGUCAUCAUGACUUUCAAAUCAGAUGAAUAUAUGAUUAAUAAUGGCGUGAGAUUUACCUAUCAAGCUGUAGGUUGCAGCAGAGAGUAUAACCAGCCUUUUGGUUACCUGAAGAGCCCUGGCUGGCCUAGUCGUCACCACAAUAAUAUGGACUGUUCUAUCAUUCUACGAGCUCCUCUGAAUCACACAAUUUCUCUCUUUUUCCAUGCUUUCAGUUUGGAGGACAGCAUCCAGUGUUCACGUGAUUUCUUAGAGGUCAGAAAUGGGAGUGAUGUGCAAUCACCACUGCUUGGCAGGUUCUGUGGAAACACUGUGCCUAGUCCUAUCUUUCCCCAAAACCAUGUUGUCUUCCUUCGUUUCAAGAGUGAUUUUUCAGGAGCUCAUGAUGGAUAUGAAAUUACUUGGACUUCAUCAUCAAGUGGUUGCGGAGGAACACUGUAUGGCAGCACCGGCUCGUUUGCUAGUCCCAGCUACCCAGCAACCUACCACAACAACACGCAUUGUGAGUGGGCCAUUACUGUGCCCAGGGGACAAAUUGUCACAGUGAACUUUGAUUUCAUCAGCAUUGAUGACCCAGGGGAUUGCAGCAGCAACUAUCUGAUCCUUUACGACGGGCCAGAUGCCAGCUCUCCCCCGGCCGGGCCAUACUGUGGCAUGGAUACAAACAUCGCUCCAUUUACUGCCACAUCUCAUCAAGCCUAUAUAAAAUUUCAUGCUGAAUAUGUGACUUUACCAUCAGGAUUCCAGUUAAGCUGGAUGAGCUAGAACACUGUUUAUGAGAAAUAUAUCACAAUUCCUUGCUAUAGUGAAGAGACUUUAGCUCAUAAAGUAAUUUUGAAAUCCAGUUAUGAUAACUGCAGCUGAAUUAAAGCUUUUUAAGAGUUAUUGUACCUGUUGAUGUUACAAAUUUAGAGUUUUGUGAAAAAAAAAGUGAUCUCCCAUUGUAUUGAAAAUAAACU